AUGCCUAAUACAUAUCUAAUUCAUUUGCUCAUAUUGGAAACCAUACAUUUGACUUAUGAGUUGCUGUAUGUUUUUGCACUACGUUUAUUUGAACCUACCAAUUCUGCUGGACCAAUUGUCAAUGUACUCCGGCGAGCUUCCUGUUGCGCAAGAUGCAUUCUACGUUUUUUAGGCGAGAAAAACAUUGAUGUUUACCAACAACCUCGUUGCGUUUUAAACGAUACCAUACAGUCCCUUGGUGAAUUUACUAGUAGCGAUUUAAUAGCUUAUCAAAGUAAUGCAAGUAAUGAGCAACAGUCGAAUUCUUUAAUCGAAAAUUCCGAACAAAAACAGAACGAUAUCAAAGAAAUACCAUGCGCUACAUGUUUAGGUGUUUUACAAGAUUAUUGCGAUAAAAGUUUCGUCGAGAAGCUACAUAAGGAUAUUACUGAAUCUUUAUAUGAGUAUAAAGACUACGAUUUAUGUGUAUCGCUUCCGCCUGCCUUUAUCGUACGAGAGCAUUCUAUUUGGAUCUAUCUGCAGGAACAAUUUAAAAAUAGAUAUGAGAAGUAUUCCCAAUACGAAGAUAUUGUUACCGUUAAAGAAGCGUUUAAAUGGAUUUGUGGUGGAAUGUUAGAUAAAUUUUAUAAUGUCAUUCAUAAAUAUCAGAGUUUAUUUCAAGUCAAGAUAGAGUUUUUAUUUCCGGAAUCCGAAAGUGACGAUGACUUCUUUAACAAAAACAUUGUGGUAGUCCACUGCUUAAUGCAACGUCUGUACGAAAUAUCCUUCAAACAAUUACCUCCCAGGAAUUUAGAAAGGCGAUAUAAUAAGUACGAUCGAACUAUCAGUCAAACGCCUUGGAUUAUAGAUGGCAUCCGUAAAGGGGAUACUUCUGUACAGGAGCUUAUCUGCGAUCCAAUCAUAGCAAAAGUGAAUGCCGAUGGUUGUAAAUUUUCAUCUUCUGGUCGUGAAGACAUUGAUGUUCGUAUGCUAGGGAAAGGACGUCCAUUUAUAGCUGAAAUACUAAAUCCUCGUUCACCAUUUAUGACAAAAAUGGAGGUUUUACAGUUACAAAAUGUGGGAUGCAUCAAAACUCAAAGAUGGAGAAGAAAACAAGACGAAAACUUACAGGAGCUAACAAUAGAACAGAAAACACCACUGCGCGUUCUACACAGACGAACGUUGGCUGUUCGCUGCAGAAUGAUUUGGUCGAUGAAAACCGAAUAUCUUGAUGCCCAUCACUUUAAACUAUACUUAACCACGCAGGCCGGCACUUAUAUAAAGGAAUUUGUUCAUGGUGAUUUGGGCAGAACCAAGCCGAACUUAUGUACACUACUAAAUAUGGGAGUCGAUAUUCUGGAGUUGGAUGUUGAAUCCGUUGAUUUAGACUGGCCUCCAGAAGUCACUGAAGAUAGUUCGGAUAAUAAUAACAUAUAG